AUGAUUGGGUUGGUGUCACCAGUGCUUGCCAUAAGAGAGAUGGGUUCUAUUUUGGAGGUGAAUUUGAUAACUGGCUUAAGUAAGAGCUUCACUUUGCAUCAAGUUUUCAGUGUUCUUCAGCAAGAAGGUGCUGAAGUUGUCAGUGCUAGCUCUUCAACUGUGGGUGUCAGGGUCUUCUACACAAUUUAUUCUCAGGCUUUAUCUUCGAGAAUUGGCAUAGCUACAUCAAGAAUAAGUGAAAGAUUGCACCAACUGAUAAAUAAUCCCGUUGCAUAG